UUCACCCAGACGACAUUGAAUCCAUACACAGGGAGCACAGUGCACGCGUCUCUGUGCAUCAAUAAAUUUGGAUUAUAAUUUAUCCGGUUCAAUUAGAUUUAAUCUACAAUAUACGGGGAAAAUUCUUAUGAGAGAAAACCGGAGGACAGAUCCACUUGAAAGAGGCACCUUCUAAAGCAGUUAAUAGUCAGGACCCAGUCAAGUGUCCAAGGGGAGCAGGCAUGACUGAAGUGGCACAGAAACAAGAAAAACUCCUUACCACUUCCAAACCAGUGGCAAGGAGCUAUGUGCCCAAGCUCAGCAAGGGGGAAUCAAAGAGUAAAUUUGAAGCUAUGCAGAAGGCAAGGGAGGAACGCGGUAAGAGGCGGAGCCAAGAGGAGCAACACAGAAGGAGGGAACAGUAUAUAAAGGAGAAGGAGUGGAACCGCCGGAAGCAGCAGAUAAAAGAACUGCUCGCCUCGAGUGAUGAGGAAGAUGUGAAGCCUGCUAUACCAGCAAAAUCCUAUGUCCCAAAGAUAACAGGCAGUGUAAAGGGAAAGUUUGCCGAGAUGGAAAAGCAACGGCAGGAGGAGGAGAGGAAACGGACCCAGGAGGAGAGGAAAAGGCGUGCCACCCAGGACAUCCUAGAGAAGACAAAGAUCCAGAGAGAGCUGGCCAAGAAGGCUGAGGAGGAAGGAGAUGAUUCUCUGCUAGUGACAGUGGUGCCAGUGAAGCCAUGUAAACCCCCAGGCAAGAUCAAAGUAAACUUUGAAGACCUGGAAAGGGCUCGAGAGGAGGAGGAGAAAAAGAAGACUGAAGAGGAGAAAAAGAAACGCUACGAUGAGCAUAGACGCUCCUUCCGGGAUGCCAAACGGCGUUCUAGGGUAAUACAGCAGGAAGAUGAGACCGAGCCAAAAGAGAAGGAGCAGGUUGCCCCGGGCAAGCUCAAGCUUACAUUUGAGGAAAUGGAGAGGGAGAGGCAGGAGCAGCAGAAGAAGCAGGUUGAGGAGGAGGCCCGGCGGCGUCUGGAGGAGGAGAAGAGGGCUUUUGAGGAGGCAAAGCUGGAGAUGGGAGUUGGGGAUGACGACGAACAAGGCGCCCAGUCAAUGAAGGAAGAGUUCCGUCCUGGAAAAUUAAAACUGAGCUUUGAGGAGCUGGAGAGGCAGAGGAUAGAAGGGGAACGCAAGAAAGCAGAAGAACUGGCUAAGAAACGCAUAGAGGAGGAGAAGAGAGCCUUUGCUGAGGCCAGGAAGAGCAUGGUCUUUGAUGAAGAUGAUGAAAUCCUAGUGACAAUGCUGACUGCAGAGGGCACCAAGCCAGGCAAGCUGAACAUCAGCUUUGAGGAGCUGGAGCGCCAGCGAAGGGAGGAGGAGCAGAGAAGAGCUGAGGAGGAAGCUAAGCGCCGACUGGAGGAGGAGAAGAGAAUCUUUGCUGAAGCUCGCAAGAGCAUGGGGGAGGAUGAUAAGGAGGAACUGGUGAAGAGUGAGUCUCAGGAGGCAUUGACCCCCAGGAAGCUGGAGAUCAACUUUGAAGAGCUCCUUAAGCAGAGGGAGGCAGCAGAACGAAGACGCACAGAGGAGGCACGCAAGCAGAAGAUGGAGUUGGAGAAAAAGGAAUUCGAGCAGCUGAGGCAGGAGAUGGGAGAGGAUGAAGUAAAUGAAAGUUCAGAGGUGGUGAGCACAGAGUAUGAGGAGCUGAGCAAACUGAAGCGAACUGGAUCCAUACAAGCAAAGAAUUUAAAAUCAAAGUUUGAGAAGAUCAAGCAACUCACUGAAGAAGAGAUCCAGAAAAAGAUAGAAGAGGAGAGGGCACGAAGAAAGGCCAUCGACCUCCAAAUCAAAGAGAGAGAAGCUGAAAGAUUCCUGGAGGAGGAUGAAGAGGAAGGUAGGAGUGAAGCUGGCAGAGUUGAGGAUGCUCCGUUUAGACAGAAAGUGGACAUGCGAGCAUGGUUUGAACAAAUGGCAAAAGCCAGAGAGGAGGAGGAAAAGAAGCGGAUUGAAGAACAAAAACUGCAGAGAAUGCAAUUUGAACAACAAGAGAUCGAUGCAGCACUCCAAAAAAAGAGGGAAGACGAGCAAGAGGAAGAGGGAAGUAUCAUCAAUGGCUCAGCAACCUAUGAUGGUGAAGAGGACCAUGCAAGAUCUGGGGCCCCAUGGUUUAAAAAGCCUCUCAAAAACCAGUCUGUAGUCGAUGCUGAACCUGUUCGGUUUACCGUUAAAAUCACUGGGGAGCCAAAGCCAGAAGUGACCUGGUGGUUUGAGGGUGAAAUGCUCCACGACUCUGAGGACUAUCAGUACAUUGAGAGGGGUGAGACAUACUGCCUAUACCUGCCUGAGACCUUCCCAGAGGAUGAAGGGGAGUACAUGUGCAAAGCUGUGAAUAGUCGAGGCACUGCUGCCAGCACCUGUAUCCUUACAAUCGAAACUGAGGACUACUGAUGCCCUGUUUAACUGGAACUUUCCCUGUCCUUCAUUUGUUUUGUAAAGCCUAGUCCCUCAUGGUAGGGCCAAAAGGAUAGCUACAUUUUGUCAUUCAUCUAAUGGAUACAAACCACAUUAGUACAAAAAUGUUGUUGACAUUAUUUCUGUCAAUCAGACUAUGCCCUGUCAGAUAGAAAUGACAUACAAAAAACAAUUUGUCAAUGUAUUACUAUAUCUGUGCCGUAUCUUUGAAAUGGCAUCACUGAAACAGCAGCCAGGAAAUAAUCUUCAGUUAGUUUUUGUGUGUAUGGUAUCUGAACCUUUCUUGGAAAAGGGAUUCCUGUUCUCUCUGUCCUUUUACAGUUAUUCUCUAAAUAUAGAAAAAUGAGUUUUCAAAAUGCUAAAAUGAUCUGGCUAUAUAAUAAAAAUGCAAUUAUUAAAAAAAAAUCAUGUCACGUUACAUAUUGGUUAAAACCUUAAAUCAAGGCUUUGAUAUUUAGAUUUUUCCAUUUUGUUACUUUAAAAAUGUUUAGGUUUGUUUUUGAUGAAAGCUCCCCAAAAGUAAUGCAGUGUGUUGAACCACAAAUUAAGCCAAGUGGACAGAUAAAGCAAUACAGUAUAGUGGAAAAUUCAACAGUAUUUUGUUAUCAUUGUCCAAUCAGUACAACAUUCUGGAUGGUAAAAAGGGAAAAAACUAUGGUUUCAGAUUAACCAGGAUAUCUGUGAUAUGUU